GUAAUUAAUCUCUACGCUUCUCUCUCUGCAAUUACUCUUUGAGAGCGUAUCUCUCUAGAACACCAAGUAUUGCUGACUUGAGCGUCAGAGUGUUUUCCCCGAGGAAACAACCUCAGGAUUUUCAGGUGUAGAAGCAGUUGAGGACUUCAACAGUGUUGGACUGCGAAGCUGCCCAAACAUUUGGCGUCGUCUGUGGGAAUCUGAACAAGAAGUUGCAUAGCUUAACCUGCCGAAAGACAAAAUGGUUCACACUUUUACAGGAGGUCGCCCUCCAAGAAAUGAAACGGACGAACAGGAGGAUGGUCAACUACCUGAACCCGGUUUAAGCGAGUUUAGGCCAAUGCCCAGAAACCUUUUCGUUGGGGGAGCAGAACAGGAUCACCUAAGCAAAACGGAUGAUGAAGAAAGAACACCAACUGGGUAUACAACCCAACCUGAACAGUUUCAAGUUCCAACAAGAACAAGGCCAAGACCUUCUAGACCAUACAAUUCACAGCAUGAACGACCUGAGAGGUCAACAGAGCCUGCUCGGACUAUCGAGCUCGAAGAGAGAACUAGAAUUCUCAAAAUGGCAAUGGGUAAAAUCCUUGCCCGCCUGAUCCCUGACGACCCCCUGAUUCCUUUGUUGGACAGAGAUGCACAACCAGCUGCGGUUGUUGCAACUCGAAACUCCCCCGCUCUAAGCAACAUAGUAGUACUGACCAGGCCAAGGGGAAGUGGGAAGCUGAAUAUCGAGCCCAGCUCGUCCAAACACAGUGAAGAACUGAUGAAAAAGAACGCAGACCUUGAAAGACAGUUACAAGACGUGCAAAAGUCCAUUGACGAGCUGAAAAGUCCCAGGUCGCAUCAACAAACUUUGGAUUUGGAUAGUGCUCCACUAAACUUAUCCAUCACAGCAGAACCAUAUCAAGAGGGGUUCAAAAUCCCCCACUUAGAGACGUAUGAUGGCUCAGGUGACCCAGAUGAACAUUUACACACCUAUCAGGCCAUCAUGAGAAUCCAAAAUGCUAACGAUGCCAUGAUGUGCAAAGUGUUCCCGGCAACCCUAAAGUCAACAGCCAGAAGAUGGUUCCUAGAUGACUUACUGGAAAAUCCACCAAAGACGUGGAACGAAGUCAAUGACAGGUCUCAAAUUCUGGCACAAAUCCAGCACUGGAUUAGAAGGCCCCUACCCCCGUUGCAUGAUUCUCUGAGAGCAGACAAGAGCAAACAUUGUGAUUAUCAUCGUGUAUACGGUCACAACACAGAAGACUGCCAACACUUAAAGGACGAGCUGGAGUUCUUAGCUCGCACUGGGAAAUUAGAGGGGUAUAUCCAGAAGCCUCACACCCAGCAAACAGCUCAAACCCACUUCGUGCAGGGCUAUGACCGAUCUCAGGGGCAGAGGUACCAGCUCGGCAACACGCAGGACAUGUAUCAAGAUAAUCAAUAUCUUUCCGAGAAGGGUAGAGCGUACAGGGGCCGCCAAUUCAAUAGGCGAGGCCAGGGUCAGAGACCAGCCGCCCAGAGCCUAAAGGACAGAAAAGGAGUUGGCUGUAGCGCGAUACCCCUGCCGUCUGGUACAAUCAAUAUGAUCUCUGGCGGUAUGCACUCAGGGGGCCAAAGCACCUGGGCCCGCAAGGCAUACGCCCGACAGGUGAUGACCGUCAAUAAAAACCGGCCUUUGAAGCGGCCGUUCGAGGAGGCUGAAUGGGAGAAUGCAGCUAUCACAUUCAGCUCGGUAGACUAUAAGCGAGCAGAAGGAGAACCCGACGUUGUAAUGCCUCAUGCAGAUCCAUUUGUAGCAACGGUCCAUAUAGGCAAUCAUAACGUCAACAAGGUCUUUAUUGAUACGGGUAGCUUGCCAGACAUCCUUUAUUGGAGCUGCUUCCAGAAGAUGCAGUUGAACCCGAACUCGCUGCAGAAGAUGGCUUCCGUUAGCUUUCUUGUGGUCAAGAUGGAGUCAGCUUUUAACGCCAUAUUAGGAAGGGCUACUCUGUGCGAACUGAAAGCUGUUAUAUCACAACCCCAUCUCUGCAUGAAGUUCCCAACGCCUCAGGGGACAAUGAGCAUAGCGGACAUUGAGCAUAGACCUGAGGGCGUCGAACAGAAGGCAGAACCAGUGGAGCCAGUAGAAACAGUCCCUUUAGACCCUGACGUGCCAGAAAGGACGGUUAAGAUCGAUGAAAUGCCUGGCAUUCCAGCAGAGUUGACGGUCCACAAACUCAGCACGGACCCCACUAAACGGCCGGUAGUUCAGAAACGUUGCCUUUUUGGCCUAGAGAAACAAGCUGCCAUAGACGAGGAGAUACAAAAGCUGCUACAGGCAGGCUUUAUCAGGAGAGUGGAGUACUCUGAGUGGGUAUCUAACCCCGUGCUCGUCAAAAAGCCAAAUGGCAAGUGGAGGAUGUGUAUUGACUUCACCAACCUCAAUGAUGCAUGUCCAAAAGACCCUCAUCCCUUGCCAAAUGUGGAGAAGUUGGUAGAGCGGGCAGCCGAACACGAACGGAUGAGUUUCCUUGACGCCAACUCAGGUUAUCAUCAGGUUCAAUUGCUGUUGGACGACCAGGAGAAAACAGCUUUCUACGCUGGUGAUGCUAUCUAUUACUAUGUGAUGAUGCCAUUUGGCUUGAAAAAUGCUGGCGCUACAUAUCAGAAGCUGGACCAUAUAGACGACUUGAGUGAGACCUUUCAAAAUUUGCGCCGAGCUCAAAUGAAGCUGAAUCCCCUGAAGUGCAUGUUCGCUGUAGAAUCAGGAAAAUUCCUAGGGUACGUGGUAUCCAAGAAAGGAAUUGAAGUGAACCCAGAGAAGGUUCUGGCUGUUCAGCAAAUGGAGCCUCCCAAGACUGUAAAGGAUGUGCAGCGACUGACAGGUCGUGUAGCCGCGUUGCACAGAUUCAUAGCCAGGUCGGCGGAAAGGUGCCUACCGUUUUUCAAGGCCUUACGAGAGCCCAAGCACUUUCAAUGGACAGACGAAUGUCAGCGGGCAUUUGACGAGCUCAAGCAGUAUUUGACAUCUGCACCCCUACUAUCCAAGCCUGUGGAAGGGGAGAGCUUAUACCUAUACAUGGGGGUUACAGGAGAGGCAGUGAGCUCAGUACUGCUCAGGGAAGAGAAUAAGAAUCAGAAGCCUAUCUGCUAUGUGAGCAAGGUUUUACAAGGCGCAGAGCAAAACUACCCGUUAGCAAAAAAGGCUGCCUUUGCCCUGGUGUACACAGCUCGUAAGUUGAGGGCUUACUUCCAAUCACAUCAGAUUGUUGUCUAUACUGACUUGCCGUUGAGAAAAAUACUGCAGAAACCUGAACUCUCUGUGGAGUGCAUCUCAGCAACAAAGGAAGAAAAAGCACCUGAACACCCAGUCUGGGUUCUGUAUGUUGAUGGAGCAACUAACAUUGAAGGAUCGGGUGCUGGGGCUGUGUUAGUGGGCCCGGAUGGCUUUAGGUCUGAGCACGCACUGAAGUUUAAGUUCCAGAUGACCAAUAACGCUGCAGAAUAUGAAGCCCUCAUUUACGGACUAAAGCUGGCGGCCGAGCUGAAGGUACAAAGCAUUCAGGUUUUCAGCGACUCUCAGCUCGUUGUGGGCCAGGUGAAUGGCAGUUGUGAAAUCAGGGAUCCCCAGCUCGGUCGCUAUGCCUCUGUGGUCAACAGAUUAAAGUCAAUAUUUGUCCUUUUCCAAAUUGAUAAAAUACCAAGAGCAGAUAACCAUCGAGCUGACAAGCUGUCAAAGUUGGCCUCCUCGCAAGACCUUAACCCUCAGAGAUUGACAAUUGUCGAGAUACUCGACGCACCGAGCUACACUGAUUCCACAGUCGAGUGUCAACUACUAAGCACAGAUCCCUCUGCACCAAGCUGGACCACCCCGCUCAUAAAUUAUCUGCAAAGUGGUGAGCUACCUGAAGAUCCGUCUGCUGCCAAGUUGAUUAAACGCAGGGCGGCCCAUUUUACUUUAGUAGAUAAUCAGCUUUUCAAGCGGGCAGCCUCCAUACCCCUAUUACGCUGUCUCACUCCUUACGAAGCUGAAUAUGCUGUGAGGGAAGUUCACGAAGGAGUAUGUGGCACGCAUAUAGGUGGUAGAACUUUAGCUCGGAAACUCCUAAGGCAUGGGUAUUAUUGGCCAAACAUGGUUGAGGACGCACAGAAUUAUGUCAAAAAGUGCCCGACCUGCCAGUUCAACUCUGAUGAUAAUCACAUGCUAGGGGAAAUGCUCUCCCCACUCUCAUCCCCCUGGCCUUUUGCUCAAUGGAGAGUCGACCUGCUCGGCCCUUUCGUCAAAGGCAAAGGAGGCUGCACUCACCUAGUUGUCGCUGUGGAUUACUUCACUAAAUGGAUAGAAGCUAAAUCAUUGUCCACGACAACUGAGAAGAAAAUAGAGGAAUUCCUCUUCAUUUCAAUAUUAUGCAGGUUUGGCAUACCUAAACGAAUCAUCGCGGACAAUGGUCCACAGUUCCGAGCCACAGCUCUGAGGUCGUUCUGUAACGAUUAUGGCAUCGAGCUCGCUCUGACAUCUGUGUACACUCCGCAGUCCAAUGGACAAGCUGAAUCCGCGAAUAAAAUCGUCUUGAGAGGCCUCAAGACGCGUGUUUUAAAUGCACAUUCCAAUUGGGUUGACGAGCUCAAUAAAGUGCUUUGGUCAUGUCGUACUACACCUAACUCGGCCACAGGCGAAACUCCAUUCAGCCUCGCGUACGGAGCUAAGGCUGUCAUCCCCGUAGAGGUCGGAUUGCCAUCUGACAGAGCAGGUCGGCAUAACGAUCCCAGCAAUGAACAACUCUUAAGAGAGAACCUGGACCUUGUGGAAGAGGUUAGGGAGAUGUCUCGAAUACGAAACAUGGAAUAUCAGGGUCAGGUGGCAAAAUUUUACAAUAAAAGAGUACGAGCUUGUCAGUUUCAAGUUGGUGACCUAGUUUUACGCAAAGCUGGAUUAACCAACACUUAUUCACACAUGGGCAAGCUCGCUCCUAAUUGGGAAGGCCCAUACAUGGUUGUUCAAAUUAACCAACCUAGGUCCUACAUGUUAGCAGAUACGAACGGGCGCCAAUUACCGUUUACAUGGAAUGUUCAGAACCUUAGAAAAUUUUACAGUUGAUUUGUAUUAUUGUUGACUGUUUAGAGAAUUUGAAUAAUGUAUGAGCAAUGAUUGGAAAUAAUACACACAGUUUUCC